GCUGUCAAUCACCCGGACGGCGUUCUUUGAAGUCGGGACUCCUCGACUUGUCUUGAGCUCAAAUGCACUGUUUGUUGCUGUGGAGGAACAUUAGCCCUCUAUCCACUUACGGGGCUGUUGGAGAGAGAAGCGCAAACUUUUGGUUGUGUUCGGCACUUUAUCUGGUUCGGAGCUGACGCGAACUACUGAGAUUUGAUAUAAAGUUUCCUCUGAAGACAUCAAAGGAUCGCCACCGCUUCUCUUUCUGAGUUUGUUAUUUUUUUUUCCUCCGCAAAAUGCCUCAGCUCAGUAGCGGCGGCGGGGACGACAUGGGAGCCAACGAUGAGAUGAUCGCUUUCAAGGACGAAGGGGAGCAGGAGGAGAAGAUUCAAGAGAACGCGUUCACAGAGAGAGACCUGGCGGACCUCAAGUCGUCCCUGGUCAACGAGUCCGAGAUCAGUCAGAGUCCCGGCGCAGCGGUGGCCCGACGGGGACAGCAGCCCGAACCGAGGUGCUACGUGGAGAAACACAGAGAGCAUCUCAAUGGAGUAACAAAACAACAAGAUGGCGGCAUGUACAAGACAUCUUACCCGGGCUACCCCUUCCUCAUGCUGCCAGACCCCUACCUGCAGAGCAGCUCCAUGCCACCAUCUUCCAACAAGGUGUCGGUGGUGCAGCAGUCCCAUGGCAUGCACCCGCUGUCCUCCCUGCUGCCCUACGGCCCCAACGAGCACUUCAGCCCCAGCCCGCCCCACCUGCCCACAGACAUGAGCCAGAAGACAGGUGUUCACAGGCCUCAGUCUCAGGAUAUCUCAGGCUUCUACUCUCUCCCCCCAGGCAGCGUUGGUCAAAUCUCCCCAUCGAUGGGCUGGCAGGGCCAGCCGGUCUACCCCGGCCUGCCUUCCUGUGGCUUCAGGCAGACCUACUCCAGCAGCCUGUCAGCCUCCUCUUCCUACCCCAGGUUCCCUCACUCUCUGAUGCUGGGUCCAUCGGGGAUGCACCCCACGGGGAUCCCCCACCCGGCCAUUGUGCCCCCCUCAGCCAAACAGGAGCAUGACCAUUAUGACAGGGGCAUGUACGCGAAGCCCCAGGGCGAGGCCAAGAGGGAGAAGGAGCCCAAGAAGCCGGUCAUCAAGAAGCCCCUGAACGCCUUCAUGCUGUACAUGAAGGAGAUGAGGGCAAAGGUCAUCGCCGAGUGCACACUAAAGGAGAGCGCCGCCAUCAACCAGAUCCUGGGGAGGAGGUGGCAUGCGCUGACCCGUGAUGAGCAGGCCAAGUACUAUGAGCUGGCCAGGAAAGAAAGACAACUGCACAUGCAGCUCUACCCCAGCUGGUCAGCCCGGGACAACUACGAGGCAGGCCGUAGCGGGGGCGCUGGGGGAAACACUAAAGAUUGGGGCAAGAAGAAGAGGAGAAAAAGGGAAAAGCAACAGGACUCCAAUACAGACCCGGGCUCUCCUAAGAAAUGCCGGGCUCGCUUCGGCCUCAACCAACAAACGGACUGGUGUGGUCCCUGCAGAUAACUCUCUUGACUGUUCCUAGGAGGAAGAAGAAGUGUAUUCGCUACCUUCAGGGAGGAGGCUGCCCCAGCCCCGCUUCCUCCGAUGGCAGCGCUCUAGACUCUCCUCCCCCCACGUCCGCCCCCCCCUCCCCCUUCUCCUCUCCGGCCCGCCCCCGCCAGGCCCCGCCCCCGCCGCCACCCCGCUCCCCGCCCCUCCCCUCCUCGCCGUCGGACCCCGCCCCCGCCCACCACGCGCGCACAGAACUUACCCCCGCCAAGAGGCCCCGAGGGCACACGCACGUGCCCCACGUGCACACGCACGCCCACGCCUACGUGCACUCGUCCUCCUCAGCGGCCAUCGCCAAAGCAACUGGACUCUCUCUCCGGGUUUUGACGGAGUCUCAGAUAUGAGAAGUGAAACCCAAUGGGGCCCUCGUCUCUACUCCCCCACCUCCCCCACCCCUAUAUCCUCACUCACCACCCCCCCUCCCUCUAUCACCCCUCACUCUCCUCCCCCCCCCCCCCCCCCUCCCACCACCUCACUCCCCUCUCCCACCUCUAUCAACUCACUCACACCUCUCUCUCAACACUGACCCCUCACCUCCUUCACACCUCACCCCUCUCUCACCUCCCCCGCCCCCCUCCCCCACCACCUCAGUCACACUACCGCUUGCGCUCCAUAACAUCUGUCAGCUAUGUCCGCUGUGUCCCCGCUGCUGGCCGCGGUGCCGGGGGGGGGGGGGGGGGGCUCCCCACCCUAAGACUGUGGUUCUGAUGAACCAAAGAAAGAGCUUACUCCACUUCGACGUAGAAUCUCCACCCGGUGAUGUACACCCAAGUCUACUCCCCCACCCUGCAGACUAUUUUUUACGAACCAGUCCACAGUACUGGGCUCCUGGCCUGACGAUCAUGACAAUCAGUUGUUUCCAUUGCAGCAAUACCUUGAAUUCUCUUUCUCACAUGUACCCGUCCCGGAAUUCUUGUAAUUCUUGUGUAUUUAAGUGUCGCCUUGGCCGGUUUUAACAUAUUUAUAUGAAAUCACGAUUGCAGUUUAGUCUCAAGGUCAAGAGGAUUCAGACUGAUUAAAACAUGGGUUUGCAUUUUCACCCCCUCCAUUUGUUAGUAUUUUAAAUCGCUCAAGGCACUUCCAGACGCCAGUAUCAUAGUAUAGCAGCCAUUUAAAGAAAUGUUCAAGGUUUUUUUUAACUUCACAUUGAUGUUUUAUUAUUGCUGUGUGAAAAAACGUAUUUUGGCUUCUCCUUAUGACUGAACCUUCUGCAGCUCUGUAAACUAAUCUUAAGACCAAAUUGCUACUAUUGUGUUGUAAAGUUGUUUUUUUAUAUACAUUUUGGACUUACCUAUCUAUUAUAAAACUUUUAUAUGUUUUAUGUAUAAAAUUGUAAAAUAAAAAAAAAUCUGUUUUA